AUGGAGACGGGCCCGGGGCUGAGCCUGUUUCAGGGCUCAGAGAGUAUACAGCUGAACGCGGUGGGGCAAGGACUCGAGGAGGACGAGGAGCAGGAGGACAAGAGGCGACUCAAUGAGGAGAUUCAGGAUCGCCUAGACAAAGAGUUUGAUGAUUUGGACGAUGAUGCCAGUUCUAUUAAUAGUAGUCAUUAUCAGGAUGACAAUACCAGAGACACUGAUCAUACCGAUACGGUGGUCAACUCUGGCCUGGAUACUCCAGCCAAAGCUCAGAUGGCAGCGGUGCAUCUGCAGAAGGAACUUGGUGUCUAUGACCGGAUGGAAAAUCUGAAUAAUUACGAUCGCGUGGAGAAUCUGAACAAUUAUGAUCGCGACGUGAUAACAAAUCACAGAUCUGACUCUGAGACUGGCGGUGGGACCAUACAAUCCGACUUUGAUUUGUACAGACAUACACCGUACGGUAAUAACAGAUUAAAUGACAGCAAUAACACCACGCUGGAAACGCCAUACGAAUUGGCGAAACCGCCAAUCGAAUAUCCUCGCAAAAUGCACCUACAGUUGGCUGACGAAUGCACAUUUGGCGAGAAUUAUCCUUAUAAUUAUGAGACACCAUCCAAUCAUUACAAUACUCACAUACCCAAGAAAUACUCCAAUAAUGGUAUUAAUGACUCAUAUGAAAAUAAUGUACAAAAUAAACAGAUUCAUGAGUUUGGUGGAGGCGACAAUGUUACUUCGGAUCACAUGAAUCAUUGCUAUAAGACUAGUCCGAAUGGCAGGCCAAUGGACGAUGAUAUAGCAUAUAAAACAACAGAAUUAAAUAGCAAAGAACAGUUGGAAGUAAUGUAUAUGGUUAGAAUGAAGGAGAUUAAUCAUUUGACAGAACAGCUGCAACAGCUACAGCUGGAAAAAGAGGACGAGAAGGCCCAAAUGAGUAGAAGAUUGAUGUUAUUGCAGGCAGAAGUUGAAAGAACAAACUUAUCAAGGAAUCAAGCCCAAGAGGCAUUAGUUGAUGCCAAGGCCGAGAUAACUGAUCUGCAAAUGCAAAUGGAAUCUCUGAAAGAAAGAAAUGCAGUUUUGGAAAAGACAAAUCAAAAUAUAACGGAAGAAUUAAAUAUUGCAAGGGACUCUGUCAUAGAUUUGCAACAGAAGAUCGCUGUAUUGGAAAGAACACAGGUGUUGCAAUCAAAUGACAAGACACAGGAAAAGUUUUUAAAACAAGCGCAGGAAAAGCAUGCGGUGGAAAUGAAAAAUAUGCAAACUCAGAUAGACGUUCUCACCGACAAAUUAAACACCAAGCUGCUCAAAAAGGAUACCAGCAACAAUAGUGUUUGGGAAACAUCAUGUGUUGUUCUUGAACACAAAUUGGAUGACGCGCGAAGAGCACAUGAGGCUCUUAUGGUGGAGAAGGGUGACACCAUGAAUCGAUUGGCGCAAGCAUUGCAAGACAGUCAAACUCAAUGUCGCAAUCUCAUGGCCACUAAUAAUGCUCAGCAGGUGAUGCAGUUACAAGCACAAGUAAAAAUGUUGAUCCAAGAAAAAGAGGAGCUACAUAAAAACAUACAAGAGUUGCAGAACAAAUUGGAGGUAGCGAAAAGCGAUAUAGCACAAUACGAUUCGUUACUAGAGGAUGAAUCUGAUUCAAUCAGACAGAUGAAAUUAGGCGAACUUUAUAAUAAAUCAAAAUCGAAACCCGUUGAUGACAUCACAAACAAAUUGAGAGGUGAACUACAAAGAUGUAUAGCUGGUCAAGCUGUAAAAAGGAAAGAAAUAAAUCGUUUAGAGAAUACUCUAUCACAGAAAGAGAAAGAAUUGAACAAAGCUUUGAUAUUAGCUGACACGUGUCGACAGGAAUCGGCACAAUACGCCAAGCGAAUUAAUGAAUUAGAGCAGGAAUUGAGAUCUGUAUUAACAGAUGAGGCUUUAAAAGCAAACGCUAAAAUACAGAAACUCUCGGAUCAUUUAAAUGAUGUGAAGAAACAAUAUGAAUUGAUGCGUGAUGAGAAGAUUAAUUUAGAACAAAAAUUAGAGGAAGCUUUAGCUGUUAAUCAAGAACAACUUAAAAAAAUGCAUCAGGAAACCAUGGAGCAACAAGAAAAAGAAGCUAUUGAUGAAUAUAAUAAAGAAUACUUAGAGAUACACGCUAAAGCUGUGGAAAGAGUGAAGCAAGAAGCACAAAUGGAAAUAGUACAAUUAUCCGUACAAUUAGAGCAAACACAAAAAGAGUUAGAUCGUGUAAAAGAAUUGUACAUAGACGUCUGCGGAACGAAGGAACAAUUAAUAAAUGAACAUAAACAUGAAAUUAAAAUGCUGAAAAAUAAAUAUACAACAAUGGAAUCUCAACACAAAAACGUGGAAAAGUUGGAGAAUGAAUUGCAAACGCAGAAUAAAUUGUGUAAUAAAUUGACUAAGGAAUGCGAAGACUUCAAGAGUAAAAUAAUUGAACUGGAAAAAGAUUUAAUGUACGAAAGAAGAAAGAAGGAGGAUCAUGUAAGAAAGAUACAUUUAGAAAUAGAAAGAGCGAAAGAAGAAGCUUUACACGAACUUAGAAAUGCACAUCCAAAUCAAGAAAUAAGUUUUCUUUUACCAGAUCAUUGUUCUGAACACCUAGAAAAAAUUAAUCAGCUGGAGGAAGAUUGCAAACGUUUAGAAGAAAAGCUUCAAAUCGCUGUGCAAGAACAGAAAAAAUUAUCCGAUUAUCAAACCGAAUUGGACGAUGCUAAAUUGAAAAUAGCACAAAUGGAGAUUGCGCAGGAAUCGUGGAAGAAAAAAUACGAGAAAGUCGUCAGUGAAAAAAAGGAUCUUCUUGCAAAAGUUUCCAAAUUAGAUUUGGAAUUAUUAAAUCUAAAACGUACCGCGAAGUUGGAAGAUUCAGAUGACGUAAAGUUGAAGAUUGUGCGAUUCCAAGCGGAGAACGAGACACUGAAAAAUCAAUGUGACAGUCUGCUCAGCGAAAGAAACACUUGUAAAGAAAAGAUUUCUGUGCUGGAAACAGAACUUUUCGACGUGAGAAGGAAAGUUAGCAGUUUUGAAGGAAGGUUACGGAGAAACGAUGAAAUCACAUCAAAGAGCGAGUUAGAGAAGGAACUCUCUCGUUACAAAGAUUUAGUUGCACAAUUAUCCAGGCUGAAUAGCUCAAAAGAAGGACGUACAAACGAAUCAUUGGAACAGAGGAUACAACAGUUCGAGCAUGAUUUACGAAGCAAGGACGAAAAACUGAGUAGACUGUUGAAGGAUUUUGAAAAGAUAAAAGACGAGAGAGAUCAACUGGUGUUGAAAUUGCGAAAUCAAGCCAAACAAUUCGAGCAAUAUGUCAAAAGCCAAAAUAAGGUAUCCGCGGAAUUGAAUCUGUCUCCUCGCAGUACGGGCGAUAGUACGGACUUUCAAAAGAUGAAGGAGAUUAUGGCAAAGGAAGUGCGGGAAGAGAUGGAACAAAGAGUAGCGAAGGAACUCAGAGGAAUUGGAGAGCACAAUAGAAAGGAACUGGAGGAAUUGGAGGAAAAAUAUAAAACUAUCGUAUUGGAUUUACAAACGAAAUGCAACGAGAAAAAUCAGGAGCUGGAAACUUUGCAAAAAGCAAUAAAAGCGGAGAAAGUAAAGGCUAAUCAGAUCAAUCGAAUCAGUCAAAUCAUAGCAGACAAACUGGAGAUUUGCACUCGAGAGCUUCAAGCGCGAAAGGUGCAGAUUGAUAAAUUAGAGAUAGAUUUGAAGAAGAAGGAGGAUCAAAUUGAGGAUGAUAGAAACUGCAUGGCUCAGAUGAUGACAAAAUGGAUCGCUGAACUUAAAGAGAGUAAAGCUAAGGAGACAGAAAAGGACGACGAGAUACAAAAAUUAAAAUCCACCGAGAUUGAAUUGAACAAUGAGAUCAAGAUAUUAAACGAUAAGAAGGAACGCAUGCAGAACGAUCUACAUUUGUUGAAGCACAAAUAUAAAAGUGCGAAAGAUACUGCAGAUAAUUAUAAGAAAUAUGCGCAAACAAAUCGGGAGUUUCUGUCGAAUGAAUGUAAACGUAUCGAGGAAGGAUACAAAAAGGCCAUCGAAGAAGUACAACAAAACUUUCUGGCGCACGAUGAGCAGUAUGCCGCGAAAGUUAAAAAGUUUGAGAAUCAGCAUGCCGGAAAAAUGGAACAAAUGCGACUUACACUGAAGUACAAAGAUAAAUGUUGAAGUACGUACUAAGUAUUUUUUAAAUGUAUUAUGCAAUAUAGCUUUCUUCCCGGCUAAGAUAAAGUGGUAGUUACAGAGGCUAGAUACCUUCUUUGUCUUUAAUUUAAAGCACAUUAUUGUACAACAAGUUCAUUAGCGGAGUUUUACGUUAGGGACCAAUUAUAUAAGUAAAAUGAAUCAUAAUACUGGUAAAAUUUAUUACCGCGUUUGCUUGCCAAUCUUGAGUCUCAACAAAGCAGUGGACGCUAAUGUAGCUCUAAAGCUAUAAACAUGUGAAGUACAAUUAUCUGAUUAAUCAUAAUAUAAUAACAUGCAUAUUAUUAGUCGGUAGGAACUGAUUUUUUACGUUAAUCAAUAUUGUACGAUAGAAUCUCUAUUCUGAAGAAUCUUCGGGAUUGAAUUCCCUUUUUAUUUAUUUUUUCUCAUUCAUAUAUCAUACGGUCACGUAACAAAUGGUAAUAGUGUAAGAGAAUUCUAGCUUACUAAGGAGAGAUAAUUGUUCUAAAUUAAAAGGGAAUUCGAAUAAAGGGAAACAGAAUAGAGAUAUUCUAUUGUAUAUUACAAUUUUUUAACUCGUCUGAAAAAUUUAAGACGAAACGAUACACAAAAGCUCGUGAACAAAA